AUGACGAAAUUACCAUUCAACGAUUAUUAUUUGCCACCAAGAUCGACAUGGUCCAGAGUCUCGCCGGAACACACGAAAAAACAAAGAGGCAACACUACGUGGAAAAUCGGCAGUGCAAUGUUAAUUGUCUCCGCUAUGUUGGUAUUAAUUGCUGUCUUCGCGAUUGCAGGGCUCGCAUUGUGGAUGGGAGCUCUUCGAACAGAUUCAAAGAAUGCGAUCGUUGGAUUCUCCUGCACAUUCAGGGUGUCCAAGGGUGAGAAAUAUAAUCCAAUGUUGAAGCUGAAUACUAGCAUGGUGUUUCGUGAAAAAGAACGAAAAUACAAAAAUAUAUUCGAGGUUCUAUUUAGAAGAAGCGUUUUAGGCGCCGCUUACAAACAGACAAUCAUAGACAAAUUCGAAAGUGGCGUUCUGAAGGUGUUCUUCAGGAUAUAUCUUGAUAGAAGAAAGAUACCACGAUCGAUCACGAACGUCGAGGACACGAUCGAGGACAUUAUCGCGAAGGAGACGUACUCAUCGUCCUCCUUGUUCAAGGAUAUGGAACUGGACCUCACUGCUAUAUCAGUAAAAAGAAUAAAUCAAGAAACACCAGGGAGUCAAAAGCAAAAGAACGCAAUGAUCACAAAGAACGGUCUCCUCCGGCCAAACAGGAACAGCUCUUUGAUCACCAGUUCGAAACCGAAAUCGAAACCGAGCAAAAUCGAGUCCACGGAGCCGGACAUCGACUUCAGCAACAUACCAACGAUCCAAGGAACCUAUAGAGCCACAAAAGUGAACGUCACCACUUCAAACAAGAUGAACUCCACUCAAGAACCAACGAGAAGUCAAUCAAACACGAGAAAUAAUACCAAAGUACCCUUACCUCAGGAACAAACCACGAUCAAACCGAUCUCUGUCGAAGACACCAGCGAAAUAAAUCAGAGCAUCGUUCAAACGACCAACAAAAUAAACGAGAAGGUGAAUCACACGGUGAACGACGAAUCAUCUUCCAAGAACCCAUCCACGACACCCAUCUCUUCCACCAGAGACGACGAUCUCUUCAAGGAUUUCCGCAAUCCAAAUUUCGAAACCUCACCGUGGAAACCGAUCAUACCCGGUUACAUCAACACGGAACUGAAACUACUGCCGGGCAACGUCCAAAAGACGAGCUACAAAGUGAAUUACAGCAACAGUAAUCUCGGUGAGGUUGUUCCCAAUACAACGACGAGAAACUCUCAGCAGAACGUUCAAGGAAAGGUUCCACAGUCUUCGACGACCAGCGCGAAACCUCCCGAGCCGUCGGUGAUGUUUAACUCGUACGUAGAUGUCCCGGGCAUGAGCAGUUUCGACAUCAGAGACACGGACUUCCCGCGAGAUCGAAUCGUCCCUCAGGAAAUGGUGAAUUUCAGAGUGAACGGGAAGUUCAAGAACAAGAUCCCGGGGUUGUCGGAGGACGGCGAGACAUUCACAGAAGCCUCUCCGUCUCGUUUAGACGACAAGAGGCCGGACAUAGACGUCUCUGGCCAAUUGCCAUCCGAGACUUACGACGUGAAGCUUCGAACCUCUUCCCAACCUCUCGGACUCUCGUCGUCUCAGCCUUUGGAGCUCUCCUCCGCGAAACCUUAUCGAUCGACGAGCGAGAAUGAGACGGGCUGGAGAGUGACAAACGCUGGCUUCGAUGACUCUGUCGGCGACGUUAAGAAUCCCGACGAUUCGACGAAGAUGAAUAGAAAAAGACUGGGUGAAACUACUGCGAAGGAGAGUUCCGACAAUUUUCUACCUUCGAUGGCUUCCAGUACGCCCAAGUGGCACGCACAGAGGCCGAUCGAGUCGGAUAUCAACGAGGAAUCGACGACGAAAGUGCCCGGGGUUGGAGUGGCUGAGCCGGUUGCCGACGUGGACGUAGAACUGGAGCCUAGAAAUCGGUACUCGGACGUUCAAGCGAUAGUGAAGCACAAGAACAACGCUUUGCAGGACAGAAAGGUCGACAAGAACGUCCAAGAGCCAGUGUACACCAGUUACAAGACUCCCGAUUUGAACGGAGCUGGCGUGAGGCCGAGUUUGAUCGAGAGUUCCGGGACUUUGAAGCCGUUUCGGCACACGAUACCCGUCGACAAGAUCACGUCCGUCGUUGACCAUGGCAAGGAUCACUCUUUGAGAGGCUCGUUGAAGCAGGAGAUUAACACUGUGACGGAUAGUAUAACGAAUCAAGGGGAGAGAUUCACCGAAACUGGUAAACUGGGCACGGAUCUUGAUAGUAGAGAGGAGGUAAUUAAAGUGUUACCGGCUGAAGAGAGCAAAGAAGAGGUGAUUGAAGUACCAUUGGUCGAAGAAGAAGCAGUUAAGGAAAAUUUCGAGCCGGAAACUUUCACAAAUAUCCCCAUUUCUCACGUAAAGAUCGAGGAACAUGCAGGAUCGACUGAAUCGAACACCGAGAGCGUGAUAGACAACGAUAAGCUUUUGAGAUUGGGAACGACGGAAGUUUAUUCCGAGGUGAUACAUCCGUCGUACAACAACAUAGAUAAAUUAGUCGUGAAGAACGAGGAAGACAAGAAGAUCCCAGGAAGGUUAACACCUAGUAUCUCAAGGAACUCGACGUUCAUCGAGAUCGACACGUUGAAACACACUCCUGGAGAGACGGAGGAAGAAGACUCGUCGGGGAACAAAUCGGCGACGAAAGGCGAGGACAAUUGGUUGUUCAACGGCACUCUGAAUCGACCGUACAACUCGUUGGAAACGAGAAAGAAGAUUUACAACGACACGCUGAAAGCUUACGUGGUGGAGAACUUGGUUACUCUGGCUCCUGCCAAGAGCAACACAGGUAUUGGACGACCGGUGAGGCCAAGGCCUAAAAUAGACAGAGAGAAAACGAUGAGAAUCGACGAGAAAUCCAGCAACAGAAGUUCUAUGGACGACACUCUGCUCUUGGAGCAACUGUUCGGCGUGCAGAACCGGGACAGAAACACAACGAAACGUAACUCGCUCGGUCAUGGAGACCCUGCUGAAGAGAAUCUCGACAACGAACGUCCCCGAAUCGAGCAAAUCGUGGAGGUGGUAACGUCGAUUAGCACCAAAGUAUCUACGAAUUUCAAAGGGAACCCAGUCGUGUUGAAAUUCGUCGUUACAAAUUCGACUUCGCUACCAGUGAUUCAUAGGGUCGGAGAGGAAGUCACCACUUUGGGAACACCAUCGGUUCCAGAAGAAUUUUCUGUUCCCGGCAAAGAGGAGAAUAGAUCGUUUGGGGAUCGAACUUCGAAUAAUACGCCGUCAUUGGCAUCCAGCCAAGACGUGCAAACCUCGGAUAGAAAGAUCUCCACGAUGGAGGAGAACAAAUCUCUUUUGGAGAAAUUGAAACAGUUCGCGGAGAUCGGAACUGAGAACGAGCCCGUGAAGGGCAAGAACAGCUCGAGGCCGAAUGUGGGAACGUUACAGUCGCACGUUUCGAACGUGAAGUCGAACACGAGGCAGGAGAGCCAGAGACCGCUGCCUGACUUCGAGAAAUUGAAGCAGAUCGCCGACAUUGCGACUGGGAACGAGACCUUGAUGAAUUCUAGCGCCGGGUUCACGAUGACUCGCGACGGCGUCGAGAUAUUGACGAAGAUAUUGAAUAAAAUGGAGGAUCGUACCGAUAAGAUGAUUUCUAGUACCGAAGGGAAUUUGGAAGUUGAUCAUUGUUUCGGUUUCCUAUGUAGAGACGGAAAGUGCUUGCCUUCCAGCGGCAGGUGCAAUAUGUUAGGCGAAUGUCCAAAUUCGGAGGACGAGGCGAACUGUACGUGCGCCGACUUCCUAAAGGCGCAACUCUUACACGAAAAGAUUUGCGACGGAGUGGCGGACUGUUUCGAUUACUCGGACGAAACAGACUGUGACUGGUGCCAAGAAGGUCAAUUCGUCUGCGGCAACAGUCGGACCUGCAUAAACCAAGACAGAGUUUGCAAUGGCUACAGCGAUUGUCCAGGUGGAGAAGACGAGAAGAAAUGUGCAGCGUUGAUAGAAGACGAUUCAGCGUUAAAUCACGAGGAAACGAGUACUCUCGCUAAGGACGAGAAUAAUUCAGAGAGCAGCGUGACCAACGAUGAACAUCCAUCAUCUCAAGGACACUUUUCAGAGACAGAAUCCGCCACCAGCAAGGACGUUCUUUAUGAUCAAGAAGCGGUGGAAUCGUCCAUUUUCGAAUCGACCACUCUACACGCGUUUAAAGACGACGCUCGAUUAGAGAAAAUUAUGAGCGCCAAGGACGAAUCCGCGACUAAGGAGGAAACUCGAUUUUUUGAAAAUCGCGAACGCAGCAACGCUACGACUCUCGUUUCUGGAAGGGAGAUAUCGUCGAGCGCGAAAGACGUUUUAACGCGUGGGAAUUCGAUUCAUCUAAAUACGGAAACUAAUGAUAAGACGCAUACAUCGGCGACUCAUUUGAAGAAAGAGAUCAAUAGUUACAACGAAAAGGGUUUUCUGAAUAUUAGGAAAAAUGGGAGGUGGGGGAAAUUGUGCUUGAGUGGAAUGGAUGAUCUUUUAGAAGAGAGACAAGCUGCCUGGACUAUUGAGGAUCUUGGUAGAGCUGUUUGCAAGGCUAUCACAUAUCAAGAUUACGAAACCGUGGAGAAGGUGUUGGACGAAAAUCCAACAUCCGUGAGAUCGUACUACACUCUGUCAUACAACGAGAAACCUCUGGAUAAAACGAUCUUGACUUUCAAGCCUUCGGAGUGCCCGAGUGGCGAGAUCCUCAGGGUCAAGUGCAAGAACCUUGAAUGUGGAAUAAGAACGCAGGUCCCAUCUCAGGCCAGGAUAGUCGGAGGUGGAAGUUCAUUAGCCGGAAGUUGGCCAUGGCAAGUAGCUCUCUAUAAAGAAGGCGAUUACCAAUGCGGAGGAGCUCUUAUUAACGAACGAUGGAUUUUAUCAGCAGGACAUUGUUUUUAUCAUGCUCAAGAUGAAUAUUGGGUGGCAAGAAUCGGAGCGACCCGCAGAGGGAGCUUCCCAAGCCCGUACGAACAAGUACUACGUUUAGAUCACAUAUCGUUGCAUCCUGAUUACAUCGAUAACGGCUUCAUAAACGAUAUAGCCAUGCUGAGACUCGAAGAACCAGUAACAUUCAGCGACUACGUUCGACCAGUUUGUCUACCAAACUCAGAACCAAAAAGUGGCACCAUGUGCACUGUUACCGGAUGGGGACAGUUAUUCGAGAUCGGGAGAAUAUUUCCGGACACUCUGCAAGAGGUCCAACUUCCGGUAAUUUCCACGGAGGAAUGUCGAAGGAAGACUUUAUUCCUUCCAUUGUACAGGAUAACGUCAGGAAUGCUCUGCGCUGGAUUAAAAGAUGGUGGAAGAGACGCUUGUUUGGGAGACAGUGGUGGACCAUUGGUUUGUUCAGAAUCAAAUAACAAGUACACUCUUCAAGGUAUCACUUCGAAUGGAUAUGGUUGCGCCAGGCCUGGAAGACCUGGAGUCUACACGAAAGUGCAUCAUUAUCUUCCAUGGAUCGAGUACGUGAUUUCCAGAGAAGAUAUUCGAUCGUCGAUAGCUUCUUGCAAAGGUCAUCGAUGUCCCCUAGGCGAAUGUCUGCCAAAAUCUCGAAUAUGCAACGGGUUCUUAGAAUGUUCGGACGGUAGCGACGAACGUAAUUGCCCUGUUAGUUUAUAAUGAAACGAAGACUGAUGUUAUUCAUAUUUAUUUGUUCAAUCAGAGGUAUUGAACGAAUUUAAUCAAUGAAAGAAUUUAUAAAUUUAUACAUUUGUAAUAUAAUGUUAAAAUUUAUAUUUCCAACAGUAUAAUGCGAUUAUAAUAUUAUAUUAAAACAUUAUAAAUUUGUAAAUGACAAAUUUAAUUCUAGACGUAAAUAACAAAAAGUAAUUCGUUCGUCGUAAACGAACAAUGAAAAGAACACCGUCAAUUACAACGAAAAAGUAAAACAUAGAAAUUAAAGGAAAAAAAAAAAUGAAUGUUCAAGUAAAUUAAAAAAUGAUUAAUAGAAAUGUGAGUAUUAAGAGAACGUCUCGUGAUUAGUGAAGAGUGAAGUUUUCCACCGUUGGAAGUGUUGCUGUGAAAUAUUAAAUAUUCAUUGAUUUACAUAGAUGUGCAAUACAUAGCUAGAAAUCAAAAGUUGAAGAUAAAUGUUAGAGAGUGUAUCCGAACAUCGGUGUAAAAUAUUUUUAACGAGUUUCGAUUAUUAGUGGUAAUUAACGACGCUGUUAGCACUGAUCUGUGCUCUUCUACACAGUUAUCUUUGCGUUUGAUAGUUAGCAUUAAUACGUUUGAAUUAUACAUGAAUAAAUCUACUUAAUGACUAUGCAUUUGAAGAUUCUUCGUGACUCGAUUCGUGGCACGAACAUGGCACGAAUAGCGAGAAGAAAGAAUAGUAUCUUUGAGUCAUUCGUGGUCGACUCAGGGAUACUUGCUAGCAUAGAAAUAUACAAUCGAACCUGGCAUUUUGAUUCAUUUGCUUGCAAGUACAAAACGAAUCUCAAGGCCAUGUUACGCCGUGCUCAUUACUUCGGUCUCUUUGUAAGAUUUUUGACAUAACGUGUGUAUGUAUAUACAUCGUAUCUAAUUAUGUAAAAAGAUCCUUUUUAAUGCUAAUAAACGAGAAUUUUUAGAAAACGAAGGAGAAGCAUCGUUCAGACGUAAUUCUUUGCGUCAUCUGAAACAUAAUGACUGAACGCUAAUUAUUUUUGAAAAAUGGAAACAAUUACGAACACAAGGUUUAAAUGGUAUAUUAAUUUGUUUUAUUAGGACAAUUAGAAAUAGCACUGAAAAUCAUAUUCAGAAAUAAAUAUUAAUUAUUCUCAAUGUAAUACUCUAUCGAUAUUAAAACGAAGGCUGUUAGAAAUUACGGCAUUACAGGCAGUACGAUCCUUAAUGAUAAAUAAUCACUCAGUUCAAAUGAUCAGCGUUCUAGAUUCAAACAGGUUUAGUACCGUAUAUUUGAUAUAAAUGAAAAAGUCGUGUCUCUUUUGAAUUUUUCUCUCCCUCUCUUUCUGUCUCUCUGAUAAAAAAGGAUCGAACUGCUGGAUUCAUUGUUAUUCUAUUAUGAUCAUGUCAUUCUAGAUCGUGCCUUUAAGUAGUUCUAAUAUUAGAUUAUACCUACGAUUAGCACAAUAUACCAAGUGGUAAAAAUCACAAUGUAAUUUACGUCACGUUCAAACAGCACGCUUUUAAAAUUCAGUAUCGAGUUUAUUAAUUGAUUUAUCGUUUCGUGGAGUGUUCCUCCUUACGGCUUGACCAUUAAGACUUUUGCACAACCGUUAUUUUUGAUCAUUUUCGUCUCGCUUCGUCUCGAAGGAUACCAUCAUCCUCUUACGAGUGCGAAAGUUCUUCAACGCACGCGCGUAAACGAUCGAUUUGUU